AUGCUUCCUCUACUGGUGAUUUCCGCCAUUUCCAGCUUCACUCUCAGCGGUCUGGUUCUUCUGCUGCCCCGACUUUCCAGCCUCUUCCAACUGCUAGUCACCUGGACAGUGCUUUCUGGAGCGGCUGGAGCGUGUUGGUUUUCGUGUUUCUGCGUGCUCAAGUACUCGCCCACGCUCUACACGCCGUCACUGGCCAUUCUCGUCUCCUCAGCCGUCUUCCAUCUCUGCAACACCACCUAUCUAUGCGCCAUCACCUGGUACCGAAUGGUGGGCACCAAAAAGUCCCGAAAGGCCCGUCAGGAGAAAUUCAUUCAGCACGAACGAAUUCUCUCCGAGUACCGAGACCUGGCCAAAACCGAGUGGGACAAAUGCUAUGCUGGAGACAGCACCUGUUAUGAAGAUACAGACGGAGUUGACAUCAGCAGUAUGGAUGUCGAUUGUGAAAAUGGACGGUUCUCGUCGUCCAUGGAAUCCAUCAUGUCCACAAUGGGUUCCGUCUCCAUCACCACCGAUCUUACUCCCGAAGUGUCGCCCACUCUUCCCUUUCCUAGUUUCUGUCGAACCCCGGAGAUUUCAAUCUUCAAGAAUCGAGAUAGCAUCACCUGGGACGAGAUCCGCAAUGUGGAUUUCCUGUGCGACCAUGUUGAGCGGAUGGUCUAG